AUGUCGAACCCGGAUGAAACCAUAAUCGAUCCCGCGCCGCUCAAAGUGCCUGGUUCUAUAAUCCCGCAUCGCCUCUCGCAAUUGAAGCAUCUCUUGCGCGUGGCAGAGCUCACCACCCACAGCCUUCAGGACGUGGACGAAGGCUCGUUAGCCUCGCGCUCAGGGAUCAACGGAAAACAAUACCUUCUCCUCCGUAUCAUCCACCGUCAGUUUUUGACCCGGGAGAGGUUCAUUUCUGACCUGGAGGAGUUUGGCCUGGAUGGAUUUCGGGACGCGUCCGAAGUCCUGAAGAGUGAACAGGCAGCGGACUGGCGGGGAUAUCUCGAACUACUGCGAGAGGCAAAGUCCGUGGAUGAUGCUAGUCGCGAGUUGACGGGUGGGUUUCGAGGCGUGAGAGAAGUACAGGAGGAUGUGGUGCUCAAGGGUAGUAACACAAUGCUGCGGAGCGUUGAAAUCGACGAGCCGGCCAAGGCCAAGAAGGAGUCGCGCUGGUCGUCUCUUUGCAGACGAGGAAAGGACAGCAAGGCGGCGCCAUCAGCAGUUGCGGAAGGAUACCUCACUGACAGCGACAACGAGAAUGAGCGCGGGUCGCUUUCCGACAUUGGGUCGAUCUACGAGGAUGAUGGUGCCAGGCUCCCGGACCUUCCGCCAAAAGCAGCACUCAUCUUGCUCCUGAAGGAACUCGGGAGCCUGGCUGGCGUGAAGGGAAUCCAGUCCACAUUCAGCAAGACCACCUUCACCGCGCAGUUUGACAAUACAAGCUACACUGCCAUCACGGCCGGCGGUAUACGGACCAAAGCCCGCCAGCUCCUCCUGGGCAUCUUCGAUGCCAAGGCCCGUCUACGUUCCAAAGGCAAAGCCAAGAUCGCGAUGCAAGAAGGGUCAGAACUGGCUGCCUGGUGGUUAAACUGCCCAGGCGAGCUCCCGGUCUUCCGCGGCCAAGUAUUUCAAGCGCCCAUAGCGAAUAUCACCUGUUUCUUUUUGUUGCCCGUGGUUUCGCACUUCGUAGUUGUUCGAUGGAAAAUCGCCUACGGUAUCCUGGCCAUGUCCUCCAGGUCGAGUCGUAACACUCCGUCUGCCUCACUGUUCAGAGCUCCGCGGACCUCAACUCCCCAAAUUCGCGCACUUGCACCUACCCGCUUGCCUAUUGCGAAUCACGCGAGAUUUCAACUUGCCAGCUUCUUCGGCGGUUUAUCGGCAAUUCGGACAUGGCCGAGAUGGACACCAAAGCAGUCCGCCGCCACCUCAUCGACAUCGUCGCCAGCGCAACGGGACGAGGUUGAGCAACAGGAAUUAUGCGUCCUCGGCAAAAAUCAUGCCAUGGAGCACUAA